UCGUUGCCCAUGUACACGAAACAUAUGUUGGAUAUUUGUGCGAAAACUCCUUUUCGCCUGGUGCAGAUCGAUAUAGAAUGGAUUAUCAGAAGAUUGUAAUUAAGUAGGGCCGUAACCUCCGAUUGUCCGAUCUUUCAGUAGUAUUUUUGAGCUUUGAUCAAUCGAUUGAAGUACUCAGACUGCCGCUUUAUCCUGUCUUUGUCGCUCGCUUCCAUCCCUUACCCCAGUAACAUCGAUCGUGAUGGCUAGAAGGGCAGCUUAUGUGACUCUACUCACAGCAACCAGUUAUUUACCUGGCGUUCUGGUGCUCGAAUCGACCCUUAGAUCUGUGGCAUCUGCAUUCCCUCUUGUUGUCAUGGUCACUCCUACACUACCCCAGGAUGCCCGGAGUGUCCUAGAGCGAAGGGGCAUUUCCGUGAGGCCCGUCGAAUCGCUGCGCCCUCCAGAGGGAAAACAUUCACUUUCAACCCAUGACGCAAGGUUCGCUGAUACAUGGACGAAGCUGAGGGCAUUUGAAUUGAAAGAAUAUGAACGUAUCGUCCUUAUGGAUGCCGAUAUGAUCGUGAUGCGCAAUAUGGACGAGUUAUUUGACAUUGAUCUCCCAAACGACUGGAUAGCUGCUGCGCAUGUGUGUGCAUGUAAUCCACGCAAGCUGCCCCACUAUCCUGCUGAUUGGGUCCCUGAGAACUGCGCAUAUACUCCAUUGGCUCACCCCUCUGGUUUGACUGCUUCAGUGAUCAUUACGGAAGCAAGCCCACGUCCGCACACUCAGCUGAACUCCGGCAUCGUGGUUCUCAACCCUUCUCUGGCUCUUGCAGAAACUGUCCGCAAUCACCUUUAUACUUCACCUCUGGUGUCAACUUGGUCAUUCCCAGACCAAGAUCUCUUGUCAGAUUUAUUUAGGGGAAAGUGGAAACCUUUGCCAUGGUGUUACAAUGCGCUCAAGACAUUGAUGUUAAUUCACAAACCGCUGUGGAGAGACGAAGAGAUCAGAUGUCUUCACUACAUUUUGGCUGACAAGCCUUGGCAGGCCAGGGUAUCUGAAGAUGAUACAGGAGAGUACGCAAAGAGUCACAGGUGGUGGUGGCAGAGACUAGAGCAGCUCAGUCAAGACAUGAAAGGAGAACCUGAGGACUGGAAGCUUGUGCUGGCGAACAUUGCACAAUAAUAAUACAGACAGGUCCUGACGAUAUUUUAAUUGU